AUGGGUAUGGGCAAUGAAUUCGAUUACAAAUGUGGUCUCAGCGAAGAUCUACAAACAGUUGCCUUCGAAGAAUUGCGCGAAGAUGAAAACGUAAGAAGCCAGGCGUUGGAGCAAUUUCGAUCCUGGAUACUGAAGCACCCUUCAAUAAAACACUGUCGUACUGAUCCUAUAUUUUUGCUCCGAUUUUUGAGAACCAAAAAAUUUAGUUUACCCAUGGCGCAAGAAAUGCUGGAACGGUACUUAACAAUCAGGCAAUUAUACUCCGACUGGUUCCAAAAUCUGGACAUCAACGACCCUGACAUGGAAGCUAUUAUUGACAACGGAUAUAUCGUACCGUUGUUAGAGAAAGAUGAACAGGGAAGACAAGUCAUUCUUACUUGUGCUGGUCGAUUUGAUCCAUACAAGUACACGUCUGCACAAAUGGUCCGAGCGCACAGCUUGGUAUCCGAAGUCCUGAUGGACGAUGAAGAGAAUCAAGUCCGCGGUUACACCCAUGUAAAUGACGAGUCUGGGCUAACCAUGGGCCAUGUUAGCGCUUUUUCACUUACCGACAUUCGGAACUUGCUCAGAUGGAUUCAAAGCAGCACACCGAUGCGACAUAAGCAGACACAUUUCAUUAAUAUCCCGAAUUACGCCACUAAAGUUAUUGACUUUGCGCUGUCGCUUCUUAAUGACAAGCUCAGAGCGAGAAUUAUGGUUCAUACAAGUAUGGAAGAUUUAAAGGAAGCAAUAAAUCCCAAAAUUCUACCUAAAGAAUAUGGUGGUAGUGUCCCACUUGCUGAUAUGAUCGCUGUGUUCAAAAAAAAAUUGCGUGAAAAACGUGACGAGAUAAAGGCCCUUGAUGAUAUGUACAUAGAAGUAUCACCAAAAGACACGUGUUCAUCAGUUUCAGACGGUCUUUGUGGUAUAUCCGACUACAAAUGUACCCUCAGUAAAGAAACCCAAGCAAUUGCCUUGGCAGAAUUGCGUGAAGAUGAAAACAUGAGAAACCAGUCAUUGGAGCAAUUCCGAGCCUGGAUACUAAAGCACCCUUCAAUAAAACACUGUCGUACUGAUCCUGAAUUUUUGCUCCGAUUUUUGAGAACCAAUAAGUUUAGUUUGCUCAUGGCACAAGACAUGCUAAAGCGUUACUUACAAGCCAGACAAUUAUCUUCCGAUUGGUUCCAAAAUUUGGACAUCGAUGAUCCUGCUGUUGAAGCUAUUAUUGACAGCGGUUUUAUCUUCCCGUUGCCUGAAAAGGAUCAGUACGGAAGACGAGUCAUUAUGUCGUGCAUUGGGCAAUUCGAUCCACAUAAAUACACCGGCUCGCAAAUGAUGAGAGCGCAGACUUUAGCAUUUGAAGCAGUUAUUGGCGAUGAAGAGAAUCAAGUGCGUGGUUACACGUAUGUGUAUGACUUUUCUGGGUUGACUAUGAGCCAUUUGAGCUUGUUUUCAUUAACAGAGAUUCGAAAAGUGGUUAAUUGGAUUCAAAAUGGGAUUCCGAUGCAGCAGAAAAUGGCGUAUUUAUUUAAUGUUCCAAAGAACGCCACUAAAGUUAUAGAUUUUUCUAUGUCACUUCUUAAUGAUAAAUUCAAGGACAGUAUUGCGGUUUAUAAAAAUAUGGAAAAGUUAAAAAAAGUAAUCGAUCCUAAAAUUCUGCCCAAAGAAUACGGUGGUGAUGUACCAAUUGCUGACAUGAUUGCUGCAUUUAAGAAAAAAUUGCGUGAAAAACGUGAAGAGUUAAAAGCCCUUGAUGAUAUGCACAUUGAAAUAUCUCCAGAAGAACGCAAGUCUUUACUUACAGAUAUUUCCGAGGGUAUGGUUGUGCAAAGCGAAAUAAAUUACAAGUGUACUCUCAGUAAAGAGACACAGAAAAUUGCCUUGGAGGAAUUGCGCGAAGAUGAGAACAUAAGAAACCAGGCAUUGGAGCAAUUUCGAGACUGGAUACUGAAGCACCCUUCUAUAAAACGGUGUCGGACUGAUCCUGGAUUUUUGCUCCGAUUUUUGAGAACCAAGAAGUUUAGUUUGCCCAUAGCACAAUCCAUGCUGGAACGCUACUUACACGCCAGACAAUUGUCCUCCGAGUGGUUCCAAAAUUUAGAUAUCAACGAUCCUGUUAUGGAAGCGAUUAUUGACAACGGAUAUGUCGUCCCGUUGCUCGAAAAGGACCAGUAUGGAAGAACAGUCGUUUUGACGCGUAAUGUUCAUACUUUGGCAUUUGAAACAUUGAUAUCCGACGAAGAGAAUCAAGUACGAGGUUACGCGUAUAUAUACGACAAUGCUGGAGUAACUAUGAGCCACGUAAGCAUGUUAUCAUUCACAGAGAUUCGAAACAUACUUAGCUGGGUCCAAAAUGGGAUUCCUAUGCGACACAAAAUGUCAAUCUUGGUCAAUGUUCCAAAUUACGCCAUUAAAGUUAUUGAAUUUUGCGUGUCGCUUUUCACUAACAAACACCGAGAGAGAAUCACGAUUUGUACAGAUGUAGAGGAAUUGAAAAAAAAAUUCGAUCCCAAAAUUCUGCCCAAAGAAUACGGUGGCGAUGUACCACUUGCUGAUAUGGUUGCUGCAUUUAAGGAAAAAUUGCGUGAAAAACGUGAAGAGUUAAUAGCUCUUGAUGAUAUGUACAUAGAAGUGUCGCAAAAAAACACCAAAGAAAACCAAGCGAUUGCCUUGGCAGAAUUGCGUGAAGAUGAGAACAUAAGAAACCAGUCAUUGGAGCAAUUCCGAGCCUGGAUACUAAAGCACCCUUCAAUAAAACGUUGUCGUACUGAUUCUUUAUUUCUGCUCCGAUUUUUGAGAACCAAAAAGUUUAGUUUGCCCAUGGCGCAAGACAUGCUAGUUCGUUAUUUACAAGCCAAACAAUUGUAUCCCGAAUGGUUUAAAAAUUUGAACCUCGAUGAUCCUAUUAUGCAAGGAAUUAUUGACAGCGGAUUUGUCAUUCCGUCUUUGGAAAAAGAUAAGCAAGGAAGACAAGUUCUUUUUAGUUUUCAUAAUCGAAUUGAUCCAUCUUUAUAUGGAUCGAAGGAAAUAACUCGACUCUUUGCUUUAACGUUUGAAAUGUUCAUGGACGAUGAAGAGAAUCAAGUCCGCGGUUACAAGCACGUGGCAGAAGCUUCUGGGGUAAGCUUAGCCCACAUGACUGCUUGGUCAUUGACAGAUAUAAGGAUAUUGUUUAGAUGGCUCCAAAAUAGCACACCGAUGCGACAUAGAGAAAUGUGUUUCAUCGGUAUGCCGAGUUUCGCCUUUAAAGUUUUUGAGUUCGUUUUAUCACUCAUGAGUGAGAAACUCAGGAGUAGAACAUCGAUUUUUAAAAAUAUCAAAGAUUUCAAGAAAACAAUCGAUCCUAAAAUUCUACCGAAAGAGUACGGUGGUACUGUACCACUUGCUGAUAUGCUUGCGGUAUACAAAGAGAAAUUGCGUAAAAAAAAUGAAGAAAUAAAAGCCCUUGAUGAUAUGUACAUCGAAAUAUCACCAAAAGAAAAGUCUUUAAUUUCGGAUAACUUCGGCGGUGUUUCGGGCUCGUUUCGAAAACUCGAGAUUGAUUAG